GUCAACCAAGUCGGUCACGCGCACGUCCUCACUGUCCUCCGAGUGACUCUUUGGCGGGUUUUUUCUCACGCCACCCAGUGACUGUUCUUUUUUAUUGCCUCGCGUCUUCGGCACCUCACCAUUUCUCAUCCACUCUCAUUUCGCGCAAUUGGCUCCAUGCCGCCGGUGUAUGUGUGCGAUGGCGUCAAUAUGCGACUUGAGAUAGUAAAUCUGCAGUCAACCGUUGAAAAGUGUGGGCAUCGAUUUUCGUAAAGAAAGAGCCAAUGUGAAGAAAAAACCGACCAAUCGAUUGCAUAAAAUUCUCAUGCAAAGAAAAAGCUCUUGGAGUCAUUUGUGCUGCUGGUGCGUUAUCUUAACAGAAUACCUAAUAAGACUUAUUGGCCUCUGGCUCAACGAUUUCGUGAAAUCAAUAUUCAUUUAACGGUGUCUCCCAUCACGCGCCUAUUCCUCUGGAUAUAUCGUGUGCGUGCUGAGGAGUGGGCCCAUCCCCUGGUCACAAGUGCUGACCAGGUGGUUGUCACAGAAGACAACUCCAAUGGAUGAGAAACGCGUGUUUUGCGGUCAUACUAUGAACGUGGCGGAUGCUAAAAAAGAGUCACAGAGGUGAAGAGGUACAAGAAGUGCUCAAGUGCUGCGAACACAAAAAAAAAACAUCUGUGAGCACCUGAUAUUUGACCAAAAGCUUUGGCUAUUUCAGUGAAAAAAUGCCGUGAAUAUUGUGUGAUUUUGAUGCCCAAAAGGUAUCAAGGAGGUGAUUGUGCGUGACAAAGUUAAAAAAUUAUAAAGAUAAAAAAAAUAGUGAUCUACAUCACCUGAAGGAAUAUUUUGUAUUUGUGGUGUGCACAAAAGGUACAAAAGUGGAGUAGACUAAAUUGUUCAUUGCAUUCACCAACAACUGAGAGUCUCUGGGUCGACCAGUUUACUGGCUUCAGCUGAUGUGAGUGAUCGCGCCAGAUCGAUCUUGAGUGUCAAGACAGCGUGUGGGAAAAUUGACGCGAGGUGACACGCACUAAGAAGACAGAGUGGCAACAUUUAACACAUUGUAGCACAAGUUGCAUCUGCCAGGGAAUAUGUGAUUAAGUGAAUUUGAGAAGGAGACAUUCGUGAGUUGUUCUUGUCGGUGGAACUAGUGGCAGAUCACAUAGAUCACAUGAUGGAGUGUGCAGAGAGUAAUGUGUGAACGACGAUUACUAAAUUGUCGGUUAUGGCUGUGCAACAACGAAUUACUGUUGACAACGAAAUAAGUGGCAGUCCAUCAGUGGGACGACAUCCGAUUGUCCUCCUUAUCUGUGUCAUACUCUGCGUCCCAAUUUCUGCCACCACCACGACAAUGGCCACUCCAUCAUCAACGCAUGGCAUCAUCCGGGAGUCUGUCGUCAUUCCCGCUUCAGAUCCUGAGAGAGAGGCUAAAGAGCUCUACGACAAGGCUCUUCAGCAAUUUGAAGUGGCCACGGGGAAGACUCUGCGAGGCAUUUGUGUCAGUUGGGAUGCAAGAGGCUGCCAGUGUUCCGGAAGUACCGAUGAAGUGGUCCUCGUGUGUAAGGGUUUGGAACUCGAAGAAGUGCCUGUCGAUUUGCCAAUUGAACUGAUCAAACUUGAUCUUGGAACAAACAAUAUUACCAAUUUACCUAGUAGAGCUUUUGAUAUGGCGUCAUCUUUAGAGGAAUUAAUUUUAUCAGAUAACACCUUAGCGAGAAUAGCUCCAGAUGCCUUUGAUGGAUUGAAUAAAUUGAAAAGAUUGGUCCUUCACAAUUGUGGUCUCACACAAAUUCCCGACGAGGCUUUUAAGCAACUGCCAUCGUUGACGUCACUGCAGAUAGAUGGGAAUGCCAUAAUGUAUCUGGACAGUGUCAACUUGCGACAUCUUCAGCAAUUGCGGAGUUUGCGAUUAGAGGGGAAUAUGAUACAAAAAGUUCCCACCGAAACUUUAGCUGGUCUUCCAUCUCUUGAGGCACUAAACUUGGGCAACAAUCAUUUAGUCAGCAUCGAAGAGAAUGACUUUCCCGUGAUGAAUAAUUUAAUAGUUCUCUUACUAAAGAGGAAUCAAAUCAAUGAAAUUAAGGCAGGUGCUUUUGGCAAUUUAACCAAAUUGCGAGUACUAGAAUUGGACGACAACCUGAUAACUUCUCUUUCAUUCGGAUUGGAAAAUAUGACACAAUUGCAAGAAUUUUCAGCAUCCAAUAACCGAAUUCGAUGGCUAUCGAAACACGAUUUGCCGAGGAGUCUUACGGCGCUUGAUUUACGAGCCAAUCCAUUGUCAGGAAUUAAACCGGGUGCCAUAAAUAACAUGCCGAGGCUGAGGAAAUUAGUACUGUCGGAUGCCAGGAGUUUGUCGGAAUUGCCAUCACUUGAUGGGUGUGGUGCUCUAGAGAUUUUACGAGUGGAUAGAGCAAGUCUAUCUAAGGUUCCAUUCAAUCUCUGUAAGACAUGUCCUCGCCUUAAGAGUCUAGAAUUAAAGUCUAAUAAGUUGCGCAUUGUACCCGAAUUGUCCGGCUGCAGGGAAUUGCGUGUACUGGACUUGGCGGGAAAUCUUAUAACAUCCCUGCAUGGGGCACCAUUUCAUGGAUUGGGUCAGCUCCAUGAUCUCCUGCUGUCCCACAAUGACAUUCAGGAAAUACCCCGAACGGCAUUCAGUGGUGCUGGCAAAUUGCAAGUGCUGGAUCUUGAGGGCAACAAAAUACACAAAAUUGACGCUGAUGCCUUUGCUGACUUUGCACAGCUGGAAGACCUCAAUUUGGGCAAUAAUAUAUUUCCACAGUUGCCAGCAACAGGUCUCCAUCGAUUGCUCCACCUCAAGACAUUCAACAAUCCCAAAUUGAGGGAAUUCCCGCCACCCGAAACUUUUCCCCGCAUCCAAACCCUUGUCCUCUCCUAUGCCUACCACUGCUGCUCAUUCCUACCACUCCUGACCCUCACGCACCGCAACAAAGCACCACCACUCCAGGAAGCCGUCCUUUUUCCCUCAGACAAUGAAUUCGACAUGAGCCUGUGGAACAACAGUCUCACAGAUAUCUGGCCACAGCUGCAUAAUCUCAGUAAAAAGUUUGGACCACAAAUCAAUGAAUUGUGGGAUUCUUUUGGAUCAGAUUUCACCUAUCCCGGAAACCUACCGGCCUAUGUUGAGGAGUACUUUGAGGAGGAGAAUGUGGCACCUACGAGGAAUUUUGCACCAGAUAUCCUCCCAGGUGCCACUCAGUGCCUCCCACUCCCUGGUCCUUUUCUGCCCUGUUCAGACCUUUUCGACUGGUGGACCCUCCGAUGUGGCGUAUGGGUUGUAUUCCUUCUGGCGAUGCUGGGAAACGGAACAGUGGUAUUUGUACUGAUCUUUUCCAGAUCUAAAAUGGAUGUUCCUCGGUUUCUGGUUUGCAAUCUAGCAGCAGCAGAUUUCUUCAUGGGUGUCUACCUGGGCAUCCUUGCUGUUGUGGAUGCAUCUACUCUUGGAGAAUUUCGUAUGUUUGCCAUCCCAUGGCAAAUGAGUGCUGGAUGUCAAUUGGCAGGCUUUCUGGCUGUUCUGUCAUCCGAACUCUCUGUCUAUACUCUAGCUGUGAUUACCCUGGAACGCAAUUAUGCAAUUACUCAUGCCAUGCACCUAAAUAAACGUCUCUCCCUUCGUCAUGCUGGCUACAUCAUGACCUUCGGCUGGGCUUUUGCUCUCACCAUGGCAAUCCUUCCGCUAUUCGGUGUCUCAGAUUACCGGAAAUUCGCUGUUUGUUUGCCAUUCGAGACAACCAACAGCACAGCUAGUUUGGCUUAUGUGGUAUUCCUGAUGCUCAUCAACGGAAUUGCAUUUCUUAUCCUAAUGGGAUGCUACCUGAAAAUGUACUGUGCUAUCCGGGGAUCCCAAGCAUGGAACAGCAAUGAUUCUAGGAUAGCAAAGCGAAUGGCGCUUUUGGUCUUCACGGACUUCCUUUGCUGGUCACCGAUAGCUUUCUUUUCGUUGACAGCAGCUUUUGGGCUCCAUCUGAUCUCCCUGGAACAAGCUAAGGUGUUUACAGUGUUUGUUCUACCUCUAAACUCCUGCUGCAAUCCCUUCCUCUAUGCCAUCCUUACGAAGCAGUUCAAGAAGGACUGUGUUCUGAUCUGCAAAGCUAUUGAAGAAUCUCGGGUGACAAGAGGUAUUGGGCGUUGUCGACAUAGUUCGAAUUUCAGCAAUCGCCAAACGCCAGCCAACACUAAUUCACUGGUGGAGAGGUCUUCAAAAGAACUGCCACCAUUGCUUCCGGGACCUCAGUGUGGCUGUGCAAAAUUACUGGAGCAGCAAGUAGCUCGGAAGCGUGCCAGUCACCAUCAAGAGAGCACUUUAUCGAAGAUGUGGCGUCAGUUUCUGUGCAACAAACGCCCUGCUGAAAGUCGGAGGAAUCAGUCGGAUCAGUAUGCGUACCAAAUUGCUGAGAUUCAGCAAAAGCAGCAUCACAAAAGAGCCGGAUCUAUGUCAUCUAGUGAGAAUUUCAGUUCAUCCCGGUCGGAUUCAUGGCGUCAUGGACCGCCUCAUCAUCACUGUGGCAUUCCACUGAGAAUACUGGACACUAGGAGACGACAUUCUUCGUGGCUGGUUACGAGGAAAACAUCACAGGACUCAAAUCUGUCCAGUUCGCGAAAUGAUUCAUCAACUUCAGCCACAACAGCCAGUACCUCUACAUUCCGGAUGUCGAGAUCCAGUGGAGGAAGUACAACACCAAUGCCACCAUUGAAUACACCCAGAAACAGUAUUCCCGGGGCAAAGCCUCGACUCGUGCGCCAAUCUGCCGUGCAGGAGGAGUUCUCCACGGAUCUGUCGGCCUCACCGCCCAGACUUGGGGUGCGUUUCCUCCCCACAAUCCCCUCGGCUGCCGACAGCAGUGUUCAGCUCGACGAGGAGUCCCAGCAGGCCAUCUGUGACUCCACAGGAAUAGCUUUCUACACCAUCCUCCAGAGCGGUAGCCCCCUCGCGACACUCUCUAGUCCCAAAGACAAAAAUCGACCACCCUGAGGGUUUCGCAAGGCCAAGAGCUUUUAUAUCUGAAUGACACUUUCCUAACAAUGUAUAAAAAUUUCUCUUAAGUAGCAUAAUGUUACCAACAAUUGUAGAUUUAAUUGACUGCCAUUAAAUUGAUAAGAUUUUUUGAUAAAUGUAAGUGUCACCUUCGUGAUAAUAUAGAUCUUUUUUUUCUCAAAUCUCACUAUGAAUGAUUGCUGUAGCAUUUCUAAAAAAAAUCGCUCUUGCGUGUGACAUAAUUGCAACAACAGAAAUCUGAUACACAAAUUAAUGACUUUUUGCUGUUAAAGGAUCAUCAUUAAGGAUUUGCUGAAAGAUAAAUUGAAGAAGAAGAAAAAAAAUCACAAAAAAUGACAAAUUGUUCAAAAACCAAUGCCAAACUUUAUGUAGUAAAUUUAUCAUAAUAUUGCAAUAUACAUAGUAUACAUUCUAAUAUUCAAAUUAUGAAUAUGUACAAUAUACUUAAUUGUGUAUAUUUGAAUUAUUUUAAGGUAUAUCACCGUCCAUGGACAAUAACCGCAAAAUUAUACCUAUUUUAAAAUGACAAAAAAUAUAUAUACUUAUAUGUACUCCAGUGUAUCCAAGAAACAUGGAAAUGAGUAAAUUAUUAUAAACGGAGCAAACAAAA